AUGGGUGAGCUUGUAGAUGCUGCAAGAACAUUAGGUGAAACGGGAAAUUUUGUAGAUGGUUUUAAAAGACUUGUUUCAAAUGUUUUAACAAACACAAAGAAAUUAUUUAGAUACACCGUACAUAACGGACAGAUUUUCGAACAGGUAGCAACAAACCCUCCGGUUAUGGCUGCGUUGAUGAUGGCUAGAGACAUAAAGCCGCGUAGCGGCGAGGGCAAAGCCCGUGAAGAAGAGGAGAAACCAGAGGAUACGGGUCAGGUUAUUCGAGACAUUAAAAACGUGUAUCCUGAAGUUAUUGAUUUAUUUAGAGGUGUUAAUGAUUCGAUUUCAAAUCAUUCUAUAACCAUUGAUGAAGAGAAUAAAUUAACAGAUUAUAUAUUCGUCAUUAUUGCAGAACUAAUGAAGAGAAUAAAUGAAAAAGGUAUUGAUGAUAUCAUUAAUGUAAGUGAUGUAAUGAUGAAAAGAAAUUUUGACUCAUUAUUUACAGAACCGAAAACAGAAUACAGUCUUUAUGAUGUAAUUACUGAAUUAAUGAAAAAGAUUAAUGAUAAUAAGAGUUCUGGCGGAAGAGUUGAAUUAGAGGUGAAUGAUGUUAAUGAGAAAUUAGAUAGUAAGGCGGACAAGAACCAUGUUCAUUAUAUAAGUUCAGAUGAACAGAUUAUAACGGAUUAUCAUGGAUAUUUAACACAGGAUGAAAAAGUGAAUACGAAAGAUGUUAAUGAAAGAAGAUAUAAAUUCAUUCGUGCUAAAGGUUAUGACAUACGCUGUACUGUACAGUAUGACACAGGUAAAGCACCAGAAGCAUUUGGUUAUAACGCUGAAAUUUAUGCUUCAUACUUCUUUGUUAACGGUGUAUUAGUUGAACCAAGAUUUACUUUGAGAGUUAAGGCAAAAAUAACUUUUGAAGAUGCUAUUAAAAGUAAAGCUGACAAAGAUGAACUUGACGCAACGAACAAAGUUUUGAAAUCUCAUAAACACAAUAUCUCCGAUAUAAAUGAACUUCAAACUUCUUUAGACAGUAAAGCAGACAAAAACCAUACACAUGAAUCCUUCACUACUGUUAGAGCAGACGACAUAAUAUUGAACUAUACUUUAGGUUCAAGUGCACCUUUAGAGAAUCCAAGUACAAGCGUAAAAGAUACACUAAACAGUUUAGAUAACAGUUGCAGGAAUAUCGAAGGUCAUGUCAGAAACUUUGAAACACAUGAACUACCAGCCAUUUUAGAUAAGAAAGCGGACAAAAAUCAUACACAUAACUCCUUCACAACUGUUGCUAUAGAAAGUAUUGAAGGAACGGUUGGCGGAACUGGUGGAGAGGGCGGAGCCCCGCCGCACGCGGCUGCUUUAUAUUAUAAACCUCCUAACUUUCCACAAGGUUUAACAUCGAAUGAAAACAUAACAACGAAGAAAGACAUUAGAUGUAAAAAUGUUUAUGUCAUGGAUGAUGAAAAUAACGUUAAAUUCACUGCUCAAGAUUUAUAUGACAACAAAGCAGAUAAGGAAUGGACAUCGGAGACUUUUAAAGUUAAAGCUGAUACAGGAUGGGUUUCAUGA